CUAAGAUGUUUUGGUCUUGAAAGAAUAUAAUGAUAAUGUUUGCGUUCAUACACUCUUAAAAAUAAAGGUUCCAAAAUGGAGUUUUCACAGCAGUGCCAUAGAAGAACCAUUUUGGGUUCCACAGAACCAUGUUCUUAAAAGAACAUUUAAAAAUUGCAACAGUUGAAAGGUACUAUGAAUGGUAAAUGUUCUUCAUGGUUUAAAUAAACGAGCUUGAUUUUUAAGAGAGUAUUGAAAUGUCUGACUUUUGAUGGUCUUUGGUAUUGAGAAAUCUUGAAUCUAACAUGCUGAAACGAAGAAAGAGAAAUCUGAAUGUGAGUUCCAUUUAAACUACAAGAAACAUAGGCCUAAUAAAGAUAUCAAAUUUGUGAGAAGGCUGUAAAACAAACUCCACAUCUUAUUGUGGAGUCAUGAGGAAAGGCUAAGCACAGACUUUUGGAUAGGCACUGAAGAUUUGUGUUGUAUGUGUUCGUACACGCUUAUAAAGUCCAACCAACCAACGCGUGCGGUGUCUCUCAUUGCGCGCGUGGCGGGGCGGGAACCGAGAGAGCGCGAGAGAAGAGACAAGGGACAAGCCAACAGUCAGAAUAUUUAUAUCAGAAAAACAGAAGGUGAACCUGGUUAGCUGCCAUACAAUAUCAAACGCUCGGAUUUUUGUCCAUCCAUAACUUUUCGUUACAUUUCACAACGUCAAAUAAUCCACUUAACAGACAACGUCUUGACAACCCGACAGUCGUGCGGAUCGUGUCAAUAGGAAGCAGCGUUUGCCCCACUGUUGCCCAUCCACUUACAAGUACCCUUAAGGAGACGAGACGAGUUGCCAUGGAAACUGUUCUGGUCUUCCUUUUUUCCCUCCUAGUGGCGGGUGCAAAAGGGGAGAAUUUGAACCCAUUUAUAUACGACUAUGAGAGUUUGAGGAUCUGCGGUUUGGCGUUUGCUGUGGUGCUGUUCGCUCUUGGAAUGCUCCUUAUUCUCAGCCGCAGAUGCCGCUGCAGUAUCAACCAGAAGCCCAAGGCUCCAGGAGAUGAAGAAGCUCAAGCAGAGAACCUUGUGGUCUCCAAGGACAAGGAGACCCCUAAAGCAGAGAACUGAAACAUACCAGUGUUGUUGAACACAUAGCCGUGGCUGAACGACUUCACUGAUGCUGAGGAUGGUGAUAAUGAUGAAGCUGAUUCCAGACCAUGGCUAUGAGAGGAGAGAAAGGAGACAGAGAUUUGUGGGGGAGGAGACUAUAACUCGGAUUUUUAAUGGGCCAGUGUCUUGUACGUAGACCUCUAGUCCCGUCACGUGAACAGUAACUGUAUCCGUCUUUCCGUCCGUGCCCUUUUGCGACAGUCCGUCUUGAGUGAGUCGUUUUAGCAAAACUAGCCACUUUCUGCAGAUCAUUCUUAACGUUUCUGGCUCCUCCCCAACUGACCUUGUGUGUGUGGUUUAAAGGAACAGUUCACCCAAAAAUUCCAUUCCAAACUGUUAUUUUUUACAUCGAACACCAAAAGAAACAAAAGAUUCUCUAUGUAGCCCUUAUUAUAUAAUGACAAAAUCUAACAAAAGUACAAAACACACCAUAGUUUUAAUAUUUGGAUGAACUGUCUCUUUAAUAAUUUUGCUUUAACGUCUAACAGUGAAUAACUUUUACUGUUAUUGAUGGUGUGACCACAUGUUAUUGUCAUUUGUGUCCCACCUGCUGUUUUUUCUCUCGUAGAUUGUAUAGACUAUAUGCAGACAUAUUUAAAUACACUUAAGUAUUUGAUAUAAGUAUUGAUUCACAUGUGAUGCAGAAUAUAUAUUUGAAUAUACAGUGUAUGCAUGUGUGUGCGCCUUUGGAUAGACACUGUAGAGCUUGUAUGAAUGUGUGCGUGCGUGGGUGUGUGCCCACAUCCAGGGCACCUCCUCCCGACAAUCUUUCGAUCAUUCUACACAGAUCAAGCACAAAAACAAAAUAGUAACACCACUGUACCACAAGGGGCGUCAUACCGCUGUCCUCUGAUCAGCUUCAGCACUGCCGGGCUCACUGCCCUCAUUCGGACCCACAGUCUAAACGUCCGAGGCCGCAGGAGAAGUUCACUUCACCAUAUAGUGCCGCUAACCUGUGUCUUUUCCCUUUUCAUCACACGUCUUCUGUAGCUUAUGUGUUCACUUUCUUAAAGGGAUAGUGCAGCCAAAAUUAAAGUAAAUAUUUUGCCAUUGUCUACUCACUGUCAUGUCUUUAAACCUCUACAAACAAAUGAUUUUCUCUAUUAAGUAGAACACAAAAGGAGACAAGAAAGUAAAGCGAAAAUUUUAGUUUCAAUUUGAACGCUGGCAUAUGCAUGCACACAUAGCCCAUUCAUACAGUUUCAUCGUUGUGUAUGCGCUAUUUCUAUCCAGAAGUUGUGAGUGGCAAAAAUGUCUAUUGUUGUUUCUUUUUCGACUAAAUAAAUUCAUGCCGCAUGUGUGAGCUAGAAAAAAGCACCAUAUAACCAGUGUUGGGGAAAGUUACUUUUAAAAGUAAUGCAUUACAAUAUUGCAUUACUCCCUAAAAAAGUUACAGUUACUUUUUAUGGAAAGUAACUUACGUUACGUUAUUUUUGUGUUAUUUUUUC